AACGACGAGUUCUGUCUCCAGGAUUGAAAUUUUCCACUUGUUACGGUUAGUCGUCGAUUGUGGUGGCUGUUGGUAAUGUUGGGGGGUAGUUCGCGCCUUACGGGGAUCUAACAGCAACGUAGAAUUAUAAAUAACACAAAAACUUUUAACCGCAAAAUUAAAAUCUAAUAUAACGAGUGAGAACUUGCAUUAAUCUGGAUUCAGUUUAAAUAACUUAUUUAAUUGAACUGUAUAAAAAUACACGUGAUUUACAGGAGGCGGAAGUGUACGAAACUAUAAAUAAUAAUGAAGAAGAUACCGAAGCAAUUACACGCCAUUGUAAAUCAUUUUGACGAGCAACGUAGACAGAUGCUAAACAUGAGCCUUAAUAACAGUAGUUUCACCAUGGCAACAGUGUCAUAAUCAAGAAUGUGUCCACGCGAAUCGGAAAGUUAAGACAAUUAAGGUCUAUUUUGUUGUGUUUUUGCGAUGGGAAUGCAGUUGGCCCGAGCCGGACCCUGGCAAACCGCCGUUCCAGUGAUUUACGUACUUUUCGCUCUUGUUCGUACAGGACGAAGUAGUAGUGCCUACACGGGAGAUGACUGUGACUGGGUUGGAAGUGGACUUCGAGAAGAUGCAUCUCGAGAGGUACAACCCAUAUAUCUACGAUGUGCUCACGGCCAUGUUGAAUGGAAUUAUCCGCGAGGGGCGCUACAAGUUUUCUUACGCCAUGGAACUUCCGGAAGAGAGUUCCGUGGCUGUUUGCGAACAAGUAAACAUUUUAAUGGUGCUCAGAUUUAUGUGGAAGGACAUCGAAAACUUCAUUUAAUGUAUAGCAAAACUGACGGGAAACACCCCGAACUUUUACGAUGUUUUACCUCCUACCAUGGCCAGGUGGCGCUGUAUGUGGAGGCAGAACCAGUCAACAAUACUCUUCAAAAAGAAGUAGCAAGUUUCAGCUACGACCUUCAACCUGUUUCACCUGAAGCCUUAUUUGAUGACUUGGAUGAGUGUCGUCCUUGUACAGAAGAAGAAAUGCUUAGGUUUUACUGCACAAGUAUUUUUGUUAUUCGAGGUACUAUUAGUAGCCUUCGGAACGAAAACGCCCUCCUGCGGACAGAGCUGUCAGUUAAAGUAACCAAAGUGUUCCGGGAUAGUGAAGGGUUUGUUGUUUUGAACUCACGUGGAGUGACAACUGAAACCGUCCUGUACCGUCCAUUAAAAUGUGGUACUAAAGCUGGAAGUGGAGAAUUCGUCUUCAUGGGCAGAAUAAUGCUGGGAAAUCCCGUCUUGCACUGCGCACCAAGACUAGCAGAGUGGCAUAAAGUAAGAAGAAAGGCUAUGCUGGAAGGAACCAAUCAGUGUCAACUAGAUUGAUUAUGUAAAUUAUCCACGCGAGUGAUCUAAGAAGACACGUGCACGUGCCAUACGAGCUACAAAGGUGCCAACAUAAAAAUAGUGAUAAAUUGUAUACCAGUAUGUCACGUGGUGUCUUAAAUAACAGUCGCAUUAUUUUUUUUUGUACAGGGAUGUACAUAAUUUGUAGUGAGCGAAAGAGGAUGUUCUGUAGUGGAAAAAAAGGAUGUCGUUCUGUGUUAGCAGGAUAUUGGUUAUUUUAAAAUUGUCACGAAAAGAACUUUAAAAAAACACAAACCACAUGAUCAAAACUGUACUUCAGCCCAUCUGUGUUGCGUAAAACACAAACCACGUGAUCAAAACUGUCAGCCCAUCUGUGUUGUGUGCUUGAAUAUGAAAAUCUGUAUAUUUUCUGUGUUUGUAAACUUUCAAAUACUAAACAUAAUAUUGUGCUAUCUCCAAGAGCUGCUGGAAAUAUAUUUACAUUAUAAACUUGUAUAGAUUGUUGCCUAACGAGUUCAGUGCUACUAAUAAGAACUAGUGUUUUUUUAGUAAGGCAUGUAACAUAUACUAGGAAGCACCCAAUUGUUGUAAUUAUUCUAAUGUUACUUUGUGACCCGAGUUUUAGUUCACACAGUGAUAAUAAUUCCUCUAUAGUGACAGUAACCAAUGUUUUUGAUAACACACAUAUAUAUAUCAGCCUUUCCACGAAUCCUCGGUGUCUUCAACCGUUCUACAGAUUAACAUCGAGAUUAAUUUAUUAAUCAAUCUAUUAACAUAAAACUAGAAGGUAUAAUUUUUAUGCUACCUAUUUUAAUGAUAAACGUAAUUAUAUUGUAAACAUAAUGAAAAACAUACAAUAGUUAAAAUAUUACCAAACAAUACGAAAGAUUUAACUGAAGUUUUGUUAUAAUUUCUACAUUUUUAUUUACGAAACUAUUUCUUGGAAAAUCAACUAUUUACCAGUCACUAGAUCACCGAAAAGGAGUUACUCAUAAACUCUUGAGUUUUUAUUUGUUUUUUUUUAUCUACAACAAAUAGCACUGUAAAUCUGACAUGACUCCAAUGCAUGUAAUAUAAAUAGUAAAAGGAAUCUAGGAACGACUUUCAAUGGAUAAGAAAAUGUUUACAUGGCCCCUAAUAAACAAAUACAAGUAGGCUUAAUUUAACGUUAAGCCUACUUUAUACUCGGAGGGGAAUUGCUGCGAUUCUGGAGUUUAUCCAUUCGAAAGUCUUUCCAAGACCUACUAUAAUCAGAAUACUUCUUGUACUUAUUUACUGAAAAUGUUCUUGCAUUUAUGAUAGAAUUAUUUUUUUUGGUUUUAUUACGAUAACGAAUUAUUCACCUACGUACAACUUAUUUGUUUUGUACAUAUAAAAAAAAACGUGUUUUACGACAAAAUAUCCUAAUCAAAAGUGAAACUUAGAGAGCAAUAUCAAAAAAUUAAAAAAAGCUAUGAUAUGUACAGUUAAGGUUUAUUUGAAUAUUUACCUAUACAUCACAGGCCAUGCUGAUACAUCGCAUUGAGAAUAGUCAUAAAAAAAAAGGGCAGCACAUUUCAUCCCUUCCGGAUUUUAUUGGUCCCUUAUUAUGGAACUUGUUCUCUCUCCCCCCCCCCCCCCACUUCACUAUACUUUUAUACGUAUGGGAGUUUUAUAAAGUUAAAGCCAAAAGGUGCCCUCUAUUUUAAACUAGCUCUUAUAAAGUAAACCUGUUGAUUUAUUUGCCUGACAGAUGCUAUAUGCUUGCAGAUAUAAUCGUUAAGUAAGCAACUUCUUGUUUCGGUAGUCUUUUUUUUUUUUGUACUAUUGUGUUGAAUAGACGGUUUUAAAACUUUCACCUAUGUACUUUUAACUCCUGGUUUAAGUGGGUAAUUAGCCAUCAUUAUUUUAAUCAACCUCCAAAAAAGUUCAUAUAAUUACAACACUGAUGUUAUGAACUAGGCAUAAUAGGCGUGUGCUUUUAAGUUCAAAUUACUAACUGUUUUUAAACUGAGAAUUUCGAUACAUGAACAAAGAGAUAAAAACACACAAACGAACGUCACUAUUCCUCUUCGGGAGCGUUAUUGAAAUAACCAAAUUAUUUGUAUCGUUCUUACAAUUCUGGUAGAUCCUAUUAUAACAUUUAUAUCCUGUGACAAUUUUUAUUCAAACAGCGAAUUAAACAAAAUUUGUGAACCCACAGAACUAAAUUGUUUGAAGUGUUUUCGAACUCGCCUAUCAUUUCAAAUCUUGCUUGGUGCCUUCUCUUCGAUUCCCAGUAUACCAGCAAAAAGAACUUGAACACUGGAUAAACAGAUUUUGUUGUAUAUAGAUAUUUCACAAAUUCUCCCUAAUCAAAUGGUAUUUGAUUGUCGCCUGUACCCGCAUUUUAACACAACUAUAUUGUGUAAAGUAUGUUUUUAAAAACGCCUGCAUGGAAACGGAUCUUAAUACACUGUGAUACCUCUAUGAAGGUGUUAGCGUACCUGAGCUGUGAAUCCAAGGGUGAAUUCAUGGUCUUUGGCCCCGUGCCCGGACUGUGAAGCUAAGAGUGAAUUCAUGGUUCUUGGCCCGCUGCCACAAAAACGCGCUCUAUACUUUUGAGUCGUGGGUGCGUUAUAAGAGAGACGGUGAAGUCUCACUAUUUGGUCAGACAAAAGCAGCUGGGUGCUGUUGAUCAGCUGCUUUCCCUCUAGUCUGUCAGUUUGAAACUAGGAACGGCAAUGCGCAGAUAGCUCGCCCUUGUGUAGCUCUGCGCGAAAUUCUAAAAACGAACGAACAAACAAUCAGUUUUCGUAAAACAAGAGAUGUAACAAUCUAAGCAAGAACGCCUCAUACAAGUAAACUUCCUUCUUUUUUUUGUAAUUCAUAAGCUUGUAAGAGUACUUAAGUUGUUUUACAUAAAACUGAUAUUAGUUCUUUACAGAUGUGACUUUAAUGUUGCAUUCACCCAAUCGCAUACUUCAAUAAAGUUGAUUUUGUUGAAUGUUAACCACUGUACUAUCUGAGUUUUUUUUUUAGGAUUUUUUUUCGUUGACUGUACUAACAGUUAAUGUGGUUGAAGCUGUUUAAUAAACAAGUUUUCAUUAUUUUCUUACAGUUAGUCUUGUCAUUAAACGUCUGGUAAACGUGAUCCAGUAAUUAAAUUGAUGUUUUUGUUCUUAGGCUUAGCUUGGACGAAGCAUUUGGGUUCGCCAAUGGUUUUCUGUAGAAUUGUAAAUAUGUUAAGUAAAUUAAAGUGCCUGUUAGGUAUACAACUUUUGUUUAA